UCUUUUUCAAUUCACUUCUGCAAUUUAAGAGUAACAAAAACAAUCAACUUCAUCUGAACGAAGUUGAUCUUCAAGUUUUCAGAGAACCUGCUCUUGGUGGGUGUGGUGUGUUUACUGCCAAUUUUACAUGUGGUUUUGAACUUUUAUUAUAAUGCUGAGUUGUUUUUAAUGCAAACCACAAUCCUCGCUAGCCUGCUGCAAUUUCAGUCGCUGAAACAAGCUUCCUGUCAAGAGGGUCUGUCUACAUUUGACAGCACUUGGGAAGAGGAAAAAAAACUCUCAAUAGCCUCUGUUUUCAUAAUGCUUGUAGCUUAUUUUCUGUGAGACUUGAAGCAUAAGACAUUUAGACUUGGGGGUGCUUCUUUUUGUUUAUUUUUUUGUAUGACAAAGAAGCAAAUAUCAGAACUGAAUGGUCUGAACUCUGAAGUUGGCUUAUUGUUCUAAGUCCAGUUCAAACAGUUUUGGCCUUUUGGGAUUGAUGGGAUUUCAGUUUGGAGAAGAAUGGAAUAAGUUGUUUUUCUUUAGCAAGUAGUGGUAAUUGCUUAAACUAAUUGCAGAGAUUCGCAGAAGAGAUGGUGGGGAAAAGCUUUCAAUACAAAACUUUAUCUUUACGUGAUUGAAGAAAAGUAAGAAGACUGACAAUAAAAUAACGAACUAGGAGAUGCUUUUUUGGCUUUAGGUUACAGAGGAGGUGUGAUGGUUUCUUUCUUGCUCCAAGAGAGCAUUAGAAGACAAUACUUGGGAUAAGAGUUGCGAAUUAUUUAGAAGAGAGGAAGGAGAAGAAAAAGAAACAUGGCAGGAGGUGGAACGUCUGCGCCACCGCCAAAACAGGAGGAGCUGCAGCCACAUCCAGUAAAAGAUCAGCUACCAAAUGUUUCUUAUUGCAUUACCAGUCCUCCUCCAUGGCCCGAAGCAAUUCUACUUGGUUUCCAACAUUACUUGGUCAUGCUGGGAACAACAGUGCUAAUUCCCACCUCUCUAGUUCCCCAAAUGGGAGGAGGAAAUGCGGAGAAAGCAAAGAUGAUCCAAACACUGCUGUUUGUUGCUGGUUUGAACACGUUGCUGCAAACGUUUUUUGGUACUCGUUUACCUGCAGUAAUUGGAGGAUCUUAUUCCUAUGUGCCAACAACAAUUUCAAUUAUUUUGGCGGGUCGAUAUAGCGACAUUGUGAAUCCUCAAGAGAAAUUUGAGAGAAUUAUGCGCGGAAUUCAGGGUGCCCUCAUUGUUGCCUCAACUCUUCAGAUUGUAGUCGGCUUCAGCGGCCUUUGGCGAAAUGUUGCAAGGUUCUUGAGUCCACUCUCUACUGUCCCUUUGGUAGCCUUGUCGGGAUUUGGAUUAUAUGAAUUGGGUUUCCCAGUUCUAUCAAAAUGUGUGGAGAUUGGGCUUCCACAGCUCAUCCUGCUAGUGGUAUUCUCACAGUAUAUACCUCACAUGUUAAAGGGCGAGAGACAUGUUUUCGACCGGUUUGCUGUCAUAUUUUCGGUUGUGAUUGUCUGGAUAUAUGCUCACCUACUCACUGUGGGUGGGGCAUAUAAGAAUGUGGGUCUAAAGACUCAACUAAGCUGUCAUACUGAUCGUGCCGGAAUUAUAGGCGGUUCUCCAUGGAUUAGUAUCCCAUAUCCCUUUCAAUGGGGAGCACCUACAUUUGAUGCUGGAGAAGCUUUUGCAAUGAUGGCUGCUUCAUUUGUUGCACUCGUUGAGUCCACUGGUGCCUUUUUUGCCGUGUCUAGAUAUGCAAGUGCAACUCCACUCCCACCGUCUGUUCUUAGCCGCGGUGUCGGUUGGCAGGGAGUUGGCAUCUUGUUCUCUGGUAUAUUUGGCACAGGAAACGGAUCAUCGGUAUCUAUUGAAAAUGCCGGGUUGUUAGCAUUAACACGUGUCGGUAGCCGGAGAGUGGUCCAAAUUUCUGCUAGUUUUAUGAUAUUCUUUUCUAUACUGGGAAAAUUUGGUGCCAUCUUUGCUUCAAUUCCUGCGCCGAUAAUUGCAGCUCUGUACUGCUUUUUCUUUGCCUAUGUUGGUUCAGCAGGUCUCAGCUUCCUUCAGUUUUGCAAUCUCAACAGUUUUAGGAUCAAGUUCAUAUUAGGCUUCUCUAUCUUCAUGGGGCUAUCAAUUCCUCAGUACUUCAACGAGUACACCGCUGUUAACGGUUACGGUCCGGUCCACACAAGAGCAAGAUGGUUCAAUGACAUGAUCAAUGUGCCUUUCGCAUCCGAGCCGUUUGUUGCUGGAUUUUUGGCUCUGUUCCUCGAUGUCACGCUACACAGUAAGGACAAUGCAACAAAAAAGGACAGAGGAAUGCACUGGUGGGAUAGAUUCCGCUCGUUCAAGACCGAUACAAGAAGCGAAGAAUUCUAUUCUCUUCCUUUCAACCUCAACAAGUUUUUCCCAUCUGUUUGACUUCACUCCAAAUUAAAUGGUUUUGCAGUCAUGACAUCAAGUUGGAAUGAAGGUUAUGCCUAUAUUCACUGUGAGAUUGACAACACCAGUCCCAGUCCCUUUUCACUCUAAUUACAGGAUGGACGACAUAGCGAGUAUGCCUCCUGAUGUUUUUAUUCUUUUUUCUUUUCUUGAGAAAAAGCAUAAUAUAUAUGAAAGCCCAUUUGUGAGUGUUGCCAAUAUUUUUUUAGAUAAAUCCAGAGUAUGUUUUAGAAAACAGUAAGUUCUUUAGGAGCUAUCCUUUAAUUUGAAUUCUGAAAAGAAUUUAAUUG